AUGGGACACGCCCCCAGACGCUCAUUGCACUCGACUCGAAGCCGCGAAAUGUGGGCGUCCUACCAGCCCCACUCCCCCAAUUCCUUGCAGCCCCCACUCCCCCAGUUCCUUGCAGCCCCACUCCCCCAGUUCCUUGCAGCCCCACUCCCCCAGUUCCUUGCAGCCCCCCUCCCCCAGUUCCUUGCAGCCCCACUCCCCCAAUUCCUUGCAACCCCACUCCCCCAGUUCCUUGCAGCCCCCACUCCCCCCAUUCCUUGCAGCCCCCACUCCCCCAAUUCCUUGCAGCCCCACUCCCCCAAUUCCUUGCAACCCCAGUUCCUUGCAGCCCCCACCCCUCCCCAAUUCCUCUCAACCCCCUCCCCCCGCAAUUCCUCGCAGCCCCCACUCCCUCCCCGGUUCCCCACUCCUUCACGGGGGCACAUCAGCGGCGACGGCUGGGAAAUGAAGCGCGACAGACUGCAGCGACAGCCAAAUGGACCUCCACCAAGGACGCACAAUCAAGGGUUCUUUGAGGUGUAA